AAAAUAGUUACUGAAUAAUUUAAAUCACAAGCACACAACCUUGUUAUAAUAAAACGCAAUAUUCAACACGAAAAAUAACCAGUAUGAUGAACAUUGUUGAAGUCAAGCGAGAAGAAUUCAAAGAGCAAUAACUAUGCCUAAAAAAUCGAACAGUAAGAAUCAAGAAUUCUUGUCUAUCUCUUACGAUAAAAAGUACGAUAAUUUGAUAUCAAAAAAACGAUCGAAUCGUAAAAUUAACGUGAUCGAAACCAAGCCGAAUGUCACAAAACGAGUAACCGAUCCUCCAAAAAAGGGAAAAAAGAAUCCAACCUCGUUGGACAUUUUAACCGAUUUUUUGGAAAGCACGUCCGUGCACGGUUUGCAAUAUUUCGGUAAAACGGAUAUAAAAGUCGGAACAUUUGGAAAGAUCUUAUGGAGUGUCACCAUAUUCAGUUGUUUCAUCGGUAUCUAUCGUUUCUUCGAGAUAAAAUACAUAAAAUAAUAUAAUGUAGAAUUAAGUAUGCGUCUCGUUUCAGGUUUGAGUUUAAUGGUAAUGCAAUUUCUACGUCGUUACAAUGAAAAUCCGACCAACACGUAUAUACUGACUUUCGACGAACCGAUAUUCAAAGCUCCUUUUCCUGCUGUAACCAUCUGUCCGACUAUGCCAAUUCCUAUGCGAAAGCGUCUGGCCAUUUUGGAGAACGCGAUAUUGCCUGAGAACGUGAGCAGAGAAUUUGCGUUAAAUAUAUUGAAAUAUGGCCAUAUCCUAACUCAUUCGUACACGAGCAAGGAGUUCGAGGAAAUCGAUAAGUUAAAAGCGUUUUUGAAUGCGAAUAAAUGGAAAGUGGUGGAAUUCGUGAAAAUUUUGAUAAAUUGCGAGGAUGUCUUCGAGUCGUGUCAAUGGAAUACUGAACGGAUAGAUUGUGGUAAAUCGAUAAAGACCUCGUAUAGUUCGUAUGGAUUGUGUUGCUCGUUUAAUUAUCUUCUCGAAGGUUACAUGAGUCCUCAGAAGCAAGUAUAUUUCAAUAAUAUUUAUCGUUUAUUAUUUAUUAAUCGUUCGAGAAAUUCUCUAUUAUUUCCUUUUAUGUAUAUCUUUUAUUGUAUACCGAUGAUGUAAAGAGGUCAAGCAAGACCAAAACCUUUGGGAUCCGCUGACUUUGGCUCAGAGAGCGGUUUGAAAGUCGUGAUCAACAAAGAAUUUCAACAACAGAGCGACGAGGAAGACUCGUACAAUUCUAUGAAUUUUUCCAUGAAAAAUAAUGGUAUAGUGGUAGUCAUACAUGACAGAAUGGAUUUUCCUGGAUUGAGUAGUAAUAUGUACAUGUUACAAACGAACCAUGAAUUAAAGAUCGCUAUUAAACCGGAAUUAAUUCAGAAACCAAAAGGACUCCGACAUCGUAACAAAGAGAACCAAUUAGUUCCUUUAUGCAUCGCGGAAGAUCAAAAUACUUUGGAAUAUUUUUCCAUCUAUGGAUAUUCGAACUGUUAUGCGAAUUGUAGGGUAAAGGCCAUGCUUCGGUAUUGUGGAUGUUUACCAUUUAUUUACGACAAUGUAGCUGAAUACAAUAAGAUCAAACGUUGUGAGUUGGAUCGUCUACGGUGUAUUCAGAGAAACGCGAAAAAAAUAAGAAUCGUGAAGAAUAUCCAGAGCAAAAAUGUUUCUUGUUCCUGUAGAACACCGUGCACUUAUAUGAACUACGAUGGAUUCCCUAACUCGAUACCUCUGAUGAAAACCAGUUCCACAAAUGUGUCACAAAAAUCUACUAUUCUUAACGUUUACAUGAAUUCGCAAACUUAUCAAGUUUCAAUAACUUUAUCAGCCGCUAACGAAAGUUAUCUUCUGGCAUCAGUCGGUGGAAUCUUUAGCUUGUUCCUUGGUUGUAGCUUUUUAAGCGUCGCAGAAAUCAUUUAUUUCGUAUACUUAUUUUUUCGCGCUAGUUUGAAAUCGAGUCAGAAGAGCCGAAAUUUAAAUACAUCAUAAAUACUGACUAUUGUAAACAGUAAUUGACAUGUUUAUUUAAACAUUCAAUAAAUAACGGUAGUAGAUUAUAGAUAUAGCAAUGUUGCCUUUCUCUUUCCUUCGAAUUGCACCAUUCUAAAUCACGCUCUAUCGAAUAUAUAUAUAUAUAUAUAGGUUAUCGAUAUUUCCAAGACCUUGGUCAAUAAUAAUUCGAUCGAACGUUACACAGACUCGAUCUAUUGUGUAAUAUAAUCUGACAGCACACAGACAGCAGGCAAGAAUCUGGAGCAAUUAGAU